AUGUCUGGUCUCAAGGAGUUUGGCGUCACAUGGUCUGGGAACUUGAGCUGCCUGCCAAGAUCAACUCGCAGCUCCCAGUGUGAUGCUGAUGAGAGCAGGCUGGCUGAUGAUGUAGGCUGUGGCUUCAUCCGUGUUACUGCACACUGGAUUGACCCUGAGACUCUUCAAAGAUGUUCAGCAGCCUUAGCUUGCAGACAGUUGAGGGGUUCACACACAUUUGACCUGCUAGCCAAUGCUCUGAAUGACAUACACGCGGAAUUCGAGAUUCGAGGCAAGAUUGUGAGGACGACCACUGAUAAUGGUUCGAACUUUGUCAAGGCUUUCCGAGUGUUUGGGGAAGAUGAGAACACCAAUGUGGAGGGAGUUGAGGAAGCUGAAGAGUCUGCACAGUCUGAAGAGGAAGACGAUGGUGGAGUGGAUGAGGACGAAGAUGUACAGUACGUUGAUACGGCAGCUCUUCUAAAUGAAGAUGAUGGCUUUGAAUUUCAACUACCGAGACACCAACGCUGUGCUUGUCAUAUCUUAAAUCUAAUCGCUAGUGAAGAUUCCAAAAAUGCAAUCUCCAAUGAUGCAUACAAAAAGCUGCACCAUGCAACGUUUGGCAAGUGUUACAGCCUAUGGAACAAAUGUGGAAGAUCCACACUUGCAGCUGAGAUGAUUGAAGAUGUUUGUUCCAUUCAGCUUCUAAGACCAAAUAAAACAAGGUGGAAUUCCUUGUUCAUGGCCGUGGAACGCCUACUCCGGAUUAAUAAAGAGAAGGGAGAGGGGGCCCUAAGAGCUAUUGCUACCGACUUGAAGGUCCCAAUGUUCAACCCAGCGGAACUUGCAUUUCUCACUGAAUAUGCUGCUGUAAUGAGCCCUGUCGCCCAAGCAACCAACAUACUGCAAGCAGAGACCAACGCACAAAUGGGGUGGCUACUUCCUACAAUCCACCUGCUGACGGUCAAACUCGACAAGGUCAAGUUGCAGCUGAAGUACUGCAGGCCUCUUGUUGAUGCUCUACAGUCUGGAAUUCAGAACCGUUUUGGGCACAUGUUCAGGGAUGCUGAGCUGGUUGCAGCUGCAAUUCUUCUUCCCAAAUUCUGAACGACAUGGACGAAAGACGACGCUACCAUCAAAAUGGGAAUCAAUUACAUCAAGCAGCAUAUAGAGGAUCCCUCCCUCCAGCCGGGUGCGACCAGGUCGAGUUCAUCAGAUGAGGAUGACUUCUUCUCGUCCCUGCAGGUGUCGAAGACCCAAGAUGGUGCCAAACAGUUGGAUGCCUACCUGUCCUGCUCAGCUGACCACAUGGACUUACUGAAGUCCUUCCCUUCUGUUUGCAAGCUGUCUGUCAAGCUCAACACACCACUGCCAGCAUCAGCAGCAUGCAAAAGGCUGUUCAGCAUAGCAGGGCUUGUUUUCAGCCCACGAAGAGUACGGCUAAAUUCUAGGCAUUUUGAAAGCCAGCUGCUUUUGAAGAUGAACAGAAAGUUUUACAGUUUCAAGUGAUGGUGGGGGUUAUGUGCAAGGAUGACCUCAAAGGAGGUUCAAGUUAGAGGGGAAGAAUAAAAAGGUCAAGGGCAAAAGUGUGUAUUGGGGAUGGGGAAGUGGGGCUUGAAUGUGCAAAAAGAAAAUCUGUUGGUGCUAUGUUAAAUGUUAAGAUUUAGUUUAUAAAGUGCAAUAACGGUAGCAGC